UUUCUUACACAUUACCGAGUUAGGAAACGUCGCCCGCCUAGUCAACACGUUCCAUCUGACAUGCAACUGUUAUUUGAAAGUGCCAUGAGAGUAAAACAAAAUCGGAAAUAGUCUGUGGAGACAGCAUCCCAUACAAGCAACCAACAAACAAACAGUACUUCACUACUUCCUGGUUGAAAAAGCGGGGCAGGUUGUGGUUUAUGUGGUUUAUUGCAGUGGAAUGUAUUAGCCAGAUACACGCCGUACGUGUACAAUAAGUGAUAGAAAAUGAGUAGAGUCAAAGAGCGGAUAACAUCGAAAGAAGAAACUUUGGUCAAACCUGAAUCAAGGAAAUAUUCGCAAUCAGAAUCAGAGAUAUCUUGUGAAGAGAUUGACGUGGAAUCUAUCAGCCCACAAAAGCAAAAGAAUGAAACUUCUAGAAAUGAAUCAAGCAAUUCAGACAAGAGUCCAAUAAAAAGUCCUGUGAAAAAGAAGAAAAGAAAACAAGAUACUGCAAAUUUUAUUACUCCAAGACAUGCAGCAUUAAAAUCCACCAAACAUUCCAGUGCCUUUGGUGUUAUCUGUGGUACAUGUGUCAUAGUGGUUGCUUUGUUUAUCAGCAUUUUGAUAAAUUAUGUCAGUGGUGGAACUUCAGACAACAUAAAAACGAAUGAAGAGUUACACCAUCUACAGAAUCAGUUUCUCAACAACUUUCAUCUGUUACAGAAACAAUUUCCUGGUCUGAGCAAUCGAUUUUGGUCUGUCACAGGAAUACCUAUCCAGUCAGUUAUAUAUAACCCUUUAUCUAGACAACCAGCUGUCAUUGUUAUUGUCAACCCCCCUGGUAAAAACAACCAAGGCAACCGGAUCGCUACUAAACUUAGUCAGAUCUAUCCUGCAGCCAAGAAACCUGUUUUUAUAAACAGUACCGAGUAUAGACAAGAAGAUCCAGAUCUCAUAAAAUAUCACCUGGAUUCCUUGUUGUCAAAAGGAUUAAUGAUGGAAGUAAGUCAGCAAUUAUCUAUCAAUUAG